AUGGCUACCUCAUCUGAUGACCGCACUCAAACCGGCCCCGUGCAGUGCGUAGGACCCGACUAUCGAUCGCCUAGUCAAAAGCCCAUCGCCACAGUUUCGACCGAAGUUGAAUAUGACAAUGUCAUCACAUUACCCCAAACACCGCAGCUUAUAGCGCUACUCACGAAAAUACGAGAUAGGAACACGGAUCGAGCAGACUUCAUCUUUUACUCGAACCGGAUCAUUCGAUUGCUUGUCGAAGAGGGACUUAACCAUUUACCCGUCGUCGAGCAUACUGUAACUACACCUGUUGGCCGUACCUACGCGGGGCUCAUGUUCCAAGGAAAGAUCUGCGGCGUCUCUAUUAUGCGAGCCGGUGAAGCCAUGGAACAGGGUCUCCGAGACUGCUGUAGGUCAGUAAGAAUCGGUAAGAUUUUAAUCCAGAGAGACGAAGAGACAGCAAAGCCGAAACUAUUUUACGAUAAAUUACCGGAGGACAUUGCGCAAAGAUGGGUUCUUUUACUCGAUCCUAUGUUUGCAACAGGUGGCUCCGCUAUCAUGGCCGUCGAUGUCCUAAAAUCCCGUGGUGUUCCAGAGGAGAGGAUCCUUUUUCUGAAUCUUAUUGCUAGCCCACAGGGAAUCCAAAACUUUGCAUCCAAGUUCCCUAAGCUCCGAGUGGUCACGGCAUUCGUUGAUCAGGGUCUCGACGAAAAGAACUAUAUCAUCCCAGGUUUAGGUGAUUUUGGAGAUCGAUUCUACACUAUGUAG